AAGCUCUGGCAGGAUGGGAACUGCCCGCCGUGGAGAAGCGUCUCUCGCAGCCCCAUGUCGAGCGCAGCUUCCAAGGCAGCAACAACUGCUGCAGCCCUGCUGGAUGCCCAAGAUUACGCUGCCAAUGCCAGCGACUACCCCUACGAGUACCUGGACGAGGAGGACUACAUGCAGUAUGGCCUUUGCACCAAAGAAGAGGUACUUUCCUUCAGCAGGGCGUUCUUGCCGGCUUUUUACACCGUGGUGUUCCUGGUCGGCUUGGCGGGGAACGUUCUGCUCUUUGUUGUCCUCAUUCUGUACGUCAGGAAGAAAAAGAAGAUGACUGAGGUGUAUCUGCUCAACCUGGUGGUUUCAGACUUCUUCUUGCUGCUAACCCUUCCUUUCUGGGCCCUGUACAUUUCCCAGCAGGUGACCUGGGAUAUGCUGUGCCCAGUCUUAAAUGCCAUGUACACCAUGAAUUUCUACAGCGGUGUCUUUCUUGUGAGCUGCAUGAGUCUGGACAUGUACCUGCAGAUUGUUGAUGCUUGCUCUCCUCGCAGCUCCACGAUGCAGAGGAAAUCCAUCCUCGUCUUGGUGGUGGUGUGGGUCCUUUCCAUCCUCCUAUCCAUUCCGGAUGGCCUCUUCACCACCACGAAGCAUAUCAACAACAAAACCAUCGUGUGUACCCGUGAUUAUGGGCAGAAACACUUAUUCUGGAAAGUUGUCUUUCAGGUCAUCCAAAACAUCCUGGGUUUCCUUUUUCCCCUCCUGUUCAUGGUGUUCUGCUAUUCCCGCAUAGCGUGCGUACUCACCACGUUGCGGAUGCCCGGCUCGAGGAGAGCCCUCUGCUUGGUCUUCGCUCUGGUGGGCGUCUUCUUCGUCCUGUGGUUCCCUUACAACAUCGUCCUCAUCCUCCACUCCCUGCAAGAUGUUGGUGCAAUCUGGAGCUGCGAGAGGAGCAGGCAGCUGGACUACGCCAUUCAGAUCACAGAGAGCUUGGCCUUCGUCCACUGCUGCCUCAACCCCUUGCUCUACGCUUUUGUGAAGAAACGGUUCCGGCUGUAUUUGUGGAAGAUCCCUCAGGCCAUCUGCAGGAGAAGCACUUUCGUUGACAUCCAGCCCUCCGAGACAAGCCCCUCUUGCAGCAGGUACGCUGCCCAGAUAGAAAUGCUGAGUAUCACAAAUGCAUGAUAAAUAUUUACACUAUUUUACGUUAUUUUUAUGUCCUCUAUGCUCUAUUUUACUGGUCCUGGCCAUGCGAUGGGGUUGGCGUGAGCCCACGGGGCUGCGUAGCCAGAAGUGGCAGCCUAGCACCGGCAUCCAGCUGAGGAAUCUCCGCGUUGGGAUUGGAAAACUACAUGUGGGAUUUGUUUAUGCUGUCACUGAAAGUGAUAAAAUGAUUCAAAACGACUGCCCUGGGUCUGUGCUAGAACAGAGGAAGCCCCUGUGUGAGGUUUGUGAGGCAUUACUGGGUGAAGGAGCGGCUUGCCUGGGUGUUGUGCACAAUCUGAACGCCCUCAGGGAAGAACAAGGGUGGGAAGGUAAGGAGGGGGUGUAAAACCAUGAUGUGAAUCCUGUGCAGAGCUUCUCCCUCACGGAUCCCAAAGGGGCCGUCGGAGCAGAGCCAUCCCAUUACGCCCACAGCCCACAGCACCGGCUGGGCAGCGUUUUCAGCACACCCAGCCACCAGGCCAGGCACGGGCAGACAGAAGGCCACCCUUGGGCAGCUUCGCUUCUCCUGGCUUCUGCCGUCUGCCAGACAUGUUCAUAGGAUCACAGAAUGGUUUGGGUUGGAAAGGACCUUAAAGAUCACCCAACUCCAACCCACUAGAUCAGGUUGGCCAAGGCCCCUUCCAGCCUUGCCUUGAACACCUCCAGGGAUGGGGCAGCCACAGCUUCUCUGGGCAACCUGUGCCAGUGCCUCACCACCCUCUAAGUGAAGAAUUUCUUUCUAAUGUCUAGUAUAAAUCAAUCAUCUUUCAUUUUAAGACCAUUCCCCGUGUCCUAUAAUGAUCUACCCAAGUAAAGAGUCUUCCUCCAUCCUUUUUAUAAGCCCCCUUCAAGUAUUGAAGGGCCACAAUGAGGUCUCCCAGGAGCCUUCUCUCCUCCAGGCUCUCUCAGCCUUUCUUCACAGGAGAGGCCUCUGAGCAUCUUUGUGGCCUCCCUUUUGUGUUCAGCAGGCUCGGCCCUUUGUCGGCCAGGUCAGACCGCAGGAGGAAUGAGGUGCUUUAAACGGCGCUGAAACAUCGCAGUCACGGAGCUGAAACCAGUAAGAACCAGGGGGAAAGAGAAAAAAACAUGGGCUUGGCAGGAUGGCGGUGGAGUUAUUUGCCUUCCCAACAUAAAUUUUGACAAGACAAAGCUCUGCAACCAUCUUUAACACAAGUAUUGGCUUUACAUCACCACAGGGUGACAGCACGGCCUCAGACAGGAGAGCACGGACAGCCGGUACCAGUCCUUACACCCAGUGUAGCUUUAAAGUUCAAGGUCAUUAGUUUGCUGACUGUUAUGUAAAAGGUACUGUUUGCUUUUGAACCUUAGCUGGGCUAUUUCCUGCCUGGAAAUAAAGUGAAUACAGGAGUUGCAUAGAAUUGUGCAAAUAAAUUUUAUAAUUUAAGAC